AUGAAGAACUCCAUUCUACUACUACUUCACUCCAUACUAGCUCUUGUUUUUUUUUUUUCCAAGACAAUCUUGGCAUCUCCCGGUGAUGACUUGUACGCAUUUCAGGAUUGUAUAUACCAAUGUGAGCAAAUAACAUGUUACAACAACCACUACUAUAUCGACCAAUAUGAACGAGGACAAGAACUAUUAGAUCAAGGUUACGAUUUAUACUAUUAUAACCCUAAUUGGCUAUUUGUUGAUAUGCCAUUACCUUGGCAUUUACGUCUUCUUGGCUGGAAUUGUCAACUGAAUUGUGAUUAUCAAUGUCAAAGAGUGAUUACUGCCGAAAGGAGGAAGCACGACGAAGAAAUUUAUCAAUUUCAUGGUAAAUGGCCAUUUCAGCGGAUUUGGGGAGUACAAGAAGUGUCAAGUGUUUUGAUGUCAUUGGGCAACUUGAUUGUGAAUUAUCAAUUUGGAUUCAAGAGGAUUUACAAAAUAGUCACUGAUACGAGUUUACCCUUGUUGCAUCGAAAACAAUACUACAACACCUUGGUUGUGGUUGUAGUAACUAUGCUUGCAUGGACGGCAUCGACUAUAUUCCAUACGCGUGAUUACCCCGUAACUGAACAUUUGGAUUACUAUUUGGCAGGCGCUACAAUUCUUUCAACGUUCCAUGCCUUGGGUUCACGGUUAUUCUCAAUGUACAAGCGCAAAAACCAAAUCUACCAAUGGACAUUUUCCAUCUUGUGUUUAUCGGCAUAUACUUACCACGUGCAACGAUUAUAUCGCGAUUGGUCUUAUACAUACAAUAUGAGAGCAAACAUCACCAUUGGAUUAUGUCAAAAUUUGUUUUACUGUCUAAUUGUCUUCAAGUUGUAUUCAAAAUAUUAUUACAUUGAACAAGAAUCGAAACAAGUUAAUCAAAAUCAUUUGAAAUAUAUCGAUUUCAAACGAAUUAUUUUACCUAGCUUUUACACUAGAAGUGCCAAGCUAUACACCUUGUAUCCAUUGAUGUUGUGCACCAUUGUGGUUUUGGGGUCGUUAUUGGAAAUUUUCGAUUUCCCACCAAUUUUCCACGACUUGAUUGAUGCUCAUAGCUUAUGGCAUUUGGUGACCAUCAUACCUCCAUAUAUGGGCUGGUACGACUGGUUGGUUUGGGAUAUUGAUGAAAAUGUAUGGCUGGAUUUGGUGAAAGAAGAAGAUGAUGAGACAGACAAGAAAAAGAAGAACGAUUAA